AUGAAGCCCGACCUCCACCAAAUCCUCACCCCCACCCUCCUCACCAAAGUUCACGAACUUCAGUUCCCUUGGCCAAAAGGCUCAACUCUCGACUUCAGCCACGUCGGCUACCAUCUCCAUACCGGCGAGUACGAUCACGACGAUGACUGGAAAGCAGUCUGCCUCGAGUCCGCCAUCAGACCCAUGCUCACAAUUGGUAUUGACAACUUCCCCGCCGACCUUUUACAAUUCCUGCCAUCGCCCGAAUCCGUAGACUUCCCCCUCCUUUGUUCCGGCCUCAUCUUGCUCUUCGACCAAGCAUCUUCGCACCUCUUCGAAGGCACGGAGAGGGUGCAGGCCAAGCGGUACUUCCAACCACUCGCCCUGCGCCUUUGUAAGCAGUGCCUCUCGAUCCCCGCCGACCUGCGCCCGUGGCGUCUGGAGCGCUGGCUCAAGAACGGAUGGAGUUUUGAGCAUGCGGUGGCACGGCAGUUCUUCUUGUACACGCCGUUCCUGCACUCCCGUGAUAUUGAUGACCAGGCGAUGCAGCACGGCCUCAUCGAGAACUACCGUGUCGCGGUUGAGACGGAACUCGGGAUCCUUGACCCCGGCCGCGCGGCCGCGGGCAGUGUUGCCCACGACCCAACAUUGUUCGCGAAGGUGCACAGGGCCGGUCCGCCGCAGGGCGAGGCUGUUAAAAUGGAGGAUUAUGUAUUUUGGGUGGCAGGGAAGGCGAAUUGUCUCUUGACGAGGACGAGAGACAUGGCGCUACAGAAACGCCGGGCGGAGGAGUAG